UGGUAUGUGUGGUUGGUUUUUUUGGGGAACCCAGCAGGGCUGGUGCAAAACGCCAGGCUCCCUCUCGGCGGCCCAGGUCUUCAAUUGGAAAUACCUACUACAACCCCUUUUUUUCUCCUUAACUUUUGGAUGUGUAUUUGGUCUUGUUCGGUUUUUUUUUAUGAGCAGAAUCGACAUUUGGCGGUCGUAAAACUGUCCGUUAUUGCAUCAGUCGGUCCGCUCCGCUCGAGUUCUCCGCAUAGCCCGCAUAGCAAAUCUACCACCUGCAAGUCUCUCUUCCCGCGUCUAGACUAUCCUAACGCAUACCUCACAAAUCCCAGCCCAGCCCAGCCUCAGAACAUGCCGUCCCACCCGAAUCCCGAUUCCGAGUUAUGUCCUCCCUUAACCCUCCCCCCUACUCCCUCCCUCGUCCCGAUUCCGAGUCAUCUCCUCCCUCCUCCCCCUUCUCCCUCCCUCGUCCCGAGUUAUCUCCUCCCUGUCCCUCUCCGCAGGUCCUCCGCAGGUGCUCCGCAGGUAAACCGAGCCAGGCCCGAAAGCUUCUCCCAGGCCAAGCUAGGCCAAGCCGCCGUGACGCCUGCCAGCCAAAUCUUGACACAGAGCCUCUUUGCUAAUUCCCCGGGCGCGCGCUCGGGCUUGCUCGGGCUUGCGCCGGCUUGGCUGCUUCCGGUGGGGUGACUGAGGGACUGACUGAGGGACUGAGGCAGAGGGGGAGGUGGUGUGAAGAGGGGUGUAGGGGUGUUGUGAAACGUGGGAGGGUUGGGAGUGGAGGGGGUGCCGUGUUGCCGGAGGGAGGGAGGGAGGGAGGGGGAAGAGAGGGUAAGGCAGCACGUGAGGGGAGAGGGGAGAUGGGAGGAUGAACUAAAAUGUGGCUUUUGCUGGUGUUGAUGUUGGUGUCGUCGAGAUGCAG